CAGACUCCCACUGAUUCUCCUCAGUUUCACUCCCCUCUUUGCAAAAAAAGCCAGGGCCGAGCAUGGAACCGCAGACAAAACCCUGUAAAGUGCCCUAGAUUCCUUCCUGGUUUUGAAUUGGGAACAGCCUCCUCAUUUUUUUGAAGGCAGAAACCCUAUCAUGAAAAAGCUGAGGGUGAGAGCAGCAGGGGGAGGGAAUCUUUGUGCAUGUUUGCGCAUAAAAUCUUUAAAGAGCAAUCCAGGCUUACGUUAGCCCACGCCAACCCAAGCCGCUGCUCCAAGAUUUUGUUCUCUGCGCAAUUCCCGACCCUCGAUCGCAUCCCCCCUUUCACCGUUUCUUAUUCUUCACAUCCAUCGCCGCCUUACGUGCCCUAACUCUCAAAAAUGGCCGCGACCAAGUUCGUGCUGGCAUUCGCUAUAUGCCGGCUAAUGGCUACGGUGGGAUUCACGACGGUGGCUCCCGUAGAUCUCCUUCGUCUUGGAAUCGAAGGACGGGUGAGCAUGGAGAGGUCCGACGUGAAAAAGGCAUCCGCUGAUUUUGGAAAGCUGACGAGAGAGGAGCCUGUGGCCGUCAUGGAGCCGGGUUCGGCGGAGGACGUGGCGCGUCUGGUGGCGGCAGCUUACGAGUCGGCGCAGGGGUUCACGGUGUCGGCGCGGGGGCACGGGCACUCGAUAAACGGGCAGGCUCAGGCGAGGAAGGGAGUGGUGAUAGAGAUGAGCAGUAGGAAGAGAGAGGUGAGAGUGUGGAAGAAGGGAAGGUACGUGGAUGUGUGGGGAGGGGAGUUGUGGAUAGAGGUGUUGACGGCGACGCUGGAGUAUGGACUGGCACCCAAGUCGUGGACUGACUAUUUGUAUCUCUCUGUGGGCGGAACCCUAUCCAACGCCGGCAUUAGCGGCCAGACCUUCAAUCAGGGGCCUCAGAUUAGCAAUGUCUACGAGCUCGACGUCGUUACCGGUAAAGGUGAGCUGUUGACAUGUUCGGAAGAGCGUAAUACGGAGUUGUUUCAUGCCGUUCUCGGAGGUCUUGGACAAUUUGGAAUCAUCAUGAGAGCUAGAAUUGCUCUUGAACCGGCUCCUCACAGGGUUCGUUGGAUACGAGUACUGUACUCCAAUUUCUCGGCCUUCACCGAGGACCAAGAGUUUCUGAUCUCUCUGCAUGGGAGACCCGCAAAAGAGAGAUUCGAUUACGUGGAGGGAUUUGUGAUCGUGGAUGAAGGACUGAUCAAUAACUGGAGGUCCUCUUUCUUUUCACCAAGUAACCCAGUUAAAAUAGAAUCCCUCAAAUCUGACGAGGGUGUCUUGUACUGCCUGGAGAUUACCAAAAAUUACCAUCAAGACAACGCAGAUACUAUCGAUCAGGAAAUAGAGGGGAUGUUGGAAAAGUUAGAUUUCAUACCAAAAACAGUGUUCACAACAGAUCUGACAUACGUGGAAUUUCUGGACCGAGUACACACGGCGGAGGUGAAGAUGAGAUCCAAGGGUUUAUGGGAAGUCCCGCAUCCGUGGCUGAACCUUUUUGUGCCGAGAUCUAGGGUGGCGGAUUUCGACAAGGGCGUGUUCAAGGGCAUUCUGGGAAACAAGACAAGCGGGCCCAUCCUCAUCUACCCUAUGAACAAGAACAAGUGGGACCAGAGGAGCUCGGCGGUGACACCAGAGGAGGAGGUGUUUUACGUGGUGGCAUUUCUGAGAUCAGCUGUGGACAGCCAGGCGCUGCACAUCCUGAGGGAUCAGAACCGCCAGAUUCUGAGCUUCUGCCAUGAUGCAAGCAUCAAGGUGAAGCAGUACCUGCCGCAUUACACCACCCAGGAGGAGUGGAGGGACCACUUUGGAGAUAAGUGGGACCGCUUUUCUCACUUGAAGAUGCAGUACGACCCCCGGCGCAUCUUAGCCUCGGGCCAGCGCAUCUUUAAGCCUCUCACCACCACCAGCUCCGCCUCUGACAUGUAGCAGCCUCCCCCUCAGCCCCUCACCUCAUUCAUUCAUGUGAAUGCAACAGACCUUGUUCAUGAGUUACUAGUUUACCUUGCAUCCCAAUUCCUUGUACAUACGAUUCUUAGUCAUAUAUGCUAGACUGUAUAACAGCUUGUUACAGACCCACAAGAAAAUUUCAGGUGGAGUCUUUUUCCUUGCUUUUUCAUUUUUUAUUUUUUGACCUGAAGUCUUUUUCCUGGCCUUGUUCCCCUUCAGACUUGCCCAUUUUCUAUAAUUGAUCGGUGAUCAAUUUACAAUUCGAACUUAACCUUGUAGCAUGCUCGCUCUUUUAUCAAUAUGGAGCCAUCACCUUCUA